AUGCGUGCCCAGAAGGUUCCGGCUAUAUCAGCCGAAUCUUCAGAGUGGCUGUCUGCACUGAUAGUGAAGUGCUCUGCCGACGAAGGGCUGGUGAAGGCCGAGGCGGACAAGGCAGGGGUGUUCAGGGUGAAGUCCCUGGCACUGGGCAGCGUGAUGCCGGAGGUCCACAGGCUCCUGGCAGCUGUCGAAGGGAGCGCUUUCCGCCCCCUGGCUGCGCGCUGCCUCCGCUGCGGCGACCUCCCGGCGGACUUCCUGGUGCUCGAAGACCUGGCCGCCGAGGGUUUUGUGAUGGCGGAAGCGGGCCGCCCGCCGGACUGCGAGCACUGCGCAGCCGUGCUGAAGGCCUACGCACGUGUCCACGCCGCUUCGGCGAGGGUCGUCAGAGAAUGUCUGAGGGCAGACCCGCUGGCCAGCGUGCGGGAUUACAUGCUGCUGCUGACGGGGGGCACAUUCAGGGCUCUGGCGGACCAACUGAGAGCGUAUCCCGAGUACUCCAAGUACGCUGACAGGUACUUACAAAUCAGGGAGGAUACAGUGGAUCGAGUAUUGGAGGAGCGGAGCAAUAAAGACGUCCACCUGCUGGUAAUGCUCCACGGAGACUGCUGGAUGAACAAUAUCAUGUUCAAGUACGACGCAGGGGAAGUAGUUGAUCUUAGGUUCGUCGACUUUCAGAUCCCCGGCUCUGAGAGAAUAAAUGUGAAUUACAAAAUAAAUGGAAACCCUGAUGGUCAUGCAAAUGAUUUCAGGUCACCCAAGCCAUUGCUAGUCCUAGGCAAAUCAUACCCCCCGGCAGCACUCCCCCAGCCCCCACCACCCCAGACGCUGAGGCGUCCUUACACUUUGAAUGUGGAGACUGAUACUGGCCAAAGUUCUGACUGA